UCAGUCUCUGAUACGACUAAUUACCUAUUGCCCUUCGUUUUAUUUGUUUUUUGUUUUUUUUCUUUGGGUUGGGAAGAAUUGGUGGAUGAGGAUGAACAUGACCGUCUUGACAUGGAGAAAAUUCUCGGGAGGGAGGAGAUAUUUGCAGAGCUGACGCGACCAUGCGGAGAGCCCAUGGAGAAACACCUCAUGCGUGUUCUCCCACGCAAAUCUCACACGUUCUCUUUCUAUAUAUACGCCUCCUUCGCUCCAUUUCCUCUUCCAUUCUCUUUAGUUCUUCUUUUUCAAUCUGUUUUCCUCGUCACAUUCUAAACGAGCUUCUCCACUCCCCAGCUUUAACCAAUGGCGUUCUGUGGAGUUGGGUUCAAUUCGGGACCGGGGAGUAUCGAAUUAUUGCAUGCAAGCGAAAAUUCGUCGACAAGACUAAUCACGCCCUUUCGUGAACAUUUAAUCCGAAGAAUGACCAAUUUUCCUGCGAGACCUUUUCGGAGAAUGAGGUGUUSGGCGGGAAGAGCCAUGUCUCCAUCAGAACAGAAGGGGAAUAAUCCAACCGUUGGACACAGCUCUUUGGAAGAAGAAUUGGGGCCUGUUAUGAAAUUCAAGAUGUCGGAUUUUUCUGUCUGCGAUCGCGUCAGCAUCGGGCUUGGUGGAAGGGCAGACGAAUUAGUAUUUGAAGCAACAGUAAUGGAUUGUCACAGCCCCUUGUAUAAAACACGAGUCGUGCUUCGACAACUUACUUCUCCUCAAGCUCAGCGAAGAGGGAGGCGGGCCAUAGAGGUACUGAAGAAACUAGCUCGUCGCAGAAUUAUGUAUCAUUCGUACUCAAUGCAAGUUCAUGGCCAUGUUUCUCAAUCGACAGAUACUAAUCAUAGCUCAUUCACACUCGUUCACGGGUAUCAUGGUAGUUAUUCUCUAAGGCAUUGGCUCCAAUUAUCAGAUUGGCUUCCAACCUUAGAAGCUACUUUGGCAUUGGAUGAGGAGUAUGUAAGAAAGGUUGGGGAUGACACAGUUGGAGGACCUACUAUUUCUCGAAAGUUGCGGCUUAUUCGGAUUUUAAUGAGGGAUCUCUUGAUUGGAGUAAACUACUUGCAUAGCCAUGGACUUGCUCACACUGAGCUAAGGCUAGAGAAUGUGCAUAUAAGCCCAUUGGAUAGACAUAUAAAAGUAGGAAUUCUUGGAAAUGCUGCAGAUUUCUAUGAUGGCAGUCCGGACAAUAGUACAUUAGAUAGUAACUUUAACAGGCGGAAAAUGAUGAUUGCUUUUGACAUGAGAUGUGUUGGGUUUAUAAUGGCAAAAAUGGUUUUGCGGGAGCUCAUGGAUCCUUUAAUCUUCAUGAAGUUCAAAUCUUUCCUCAAUAAGGGAAACAAUCCAGCAUGCUUGCGUGAAUUUUUAUUGCCAAUUCUCUGUAACAACUUUCCAUCUGGAAAUCCUGGAUUACAGAUACUUGAUAGGAACUCGGGAGCAGGUUGGAACCUUCUAUCCUUGUUGCUUGCAACAAAACCUUCUGAGAGAAUAAGUUGUUUAGAUGCCCUGAGGCACCCGUUCCUGUGUGGACCAAGAUGGCGUGUAGAUGCAUCUAUGGAUAUGGUUAGGUGGGGUCUAGGUUCAACUGCUGUUCGAAUUGCAGAGGAAUACAUUUAUGUCCGACGUCAGCGUAGCAGGCUCUCUCAUUUCAUUGAAUUGAUGGAAAUGUUGAAUCCUCACCCAAAGCCUAAGAACUGGUUGGAGUUGCUACCAGGAAGAUGGCGCCUGUUGUACUGUACAGGAAGGCACAUAGGUCUAACCCUUCGUCAGCCAUCCGCAAGAGUCCUUAUUGGUGAUGUACACCUUACAGUCACACGGACAUCAAAAAUGAAUACCGCCCUUUCAUUUACUUCUGAUGUUGGAUUCGUGGUUAUGGUUGGCUCUAACUGGCCGCACAAAAAAACUGGGAUGAGUGGGAAAUUGCAGGUUAGCUCUUCAGUUAGAUUAACAGCCGGGAGGCGCCAAUACCUAAUGGAAGAGAAGGCCAGAGGGAAAUACACAUCAAGCCCAGAAUCCGUUACAAAGAAAUUGUCUAACAGAAAGUGGAGGGCAAGCUCCAUGAAGGAACUGCCAUCAAGCCUUCCAGUAGCCAAGUUUACCUCAGGCGAGGUGGAGGUGACAAUGCGUCUUGACGACUCAUCGUUGCAGAAAGUUGACGUUGCAACAACAGUGCUUAAAGAGGUCCGCAUGCAGGUACCACCAGAAAUGUUUGAUUUGUCGAGGAUUAUUUGUGGAACUUAUGUGGACCCUAGGCUUCUGGUUCUUCGUGGAGUGGAUGGAUCUGCCCUGCUUUUCACACGAUCUUGCAUGUAAAUGAUCUGUAUAUAAAGAUGUUUUCCUUUUUUGUAGCUGUAAUUAUUGGUUGGUUGUAUCAUUUGUUUGUAUUGAUAGUUGGUACGACGAAGAGUUUUUUAGAUAUAAGUUAACAACAUCCCCUUCUUAAGUUUGAACA